AUGUUGGUCAUACUCAAUCUUGUUGCCCCUCAUGCUAGUAGUAGUGCUGCCCUUGGUGGUCGUGGUGGUGGUGGGGCUGAGCUUGGUGGCCGGUUUGGUAGGGUUGGUGGUGGUGUUAGGGCUGUAGAUCUUGGUGGUGGUGUUAGGGCUGCAGAUCUUGGUAGUGUUGUUGGUGGUGGUGUUGGGGCUGGUGAUAGCGAUGUUGUUGGCAGUGGAGUUAGGGGUGGGGCUGAGCUUGGUGGCCGGUUUGGUAGGGUUGGUGGUGGUGUUAGGGCUGCAGAUCUUGGUAGUGUUGUUGGUGGUGGUGUUGGGGCUGGUGAAAGUGAUGUUGUUGGCAGUGGAGUUAGGGCUGAUCUUGGUGGUGUUGGGGCUGGUGGUGGUGUUGUUGGCAGUGGUGUUAGGGCUGAUCUUAGUGGUGUUGGGGCUGGUGGUGGUGUUAGGGCUGAUCUUGGUGGUGUUAUUGGCAGUGGUGUUAGGGCUGAUCUUGGCGGUGUUGGGGCUGGUGGUGGUGUUAGGGCUGAUCAUGGUGGUGUUGUUGUCAGUGGUGUUAGGGCUUAUCUUGGCGGUGUUGGGGCUGGUGGUGUUAGGACUAAUCUUGGUGGUGUUGUUGGCGGUGGUGUUGGGGAUGAGCUUGGUGGGGGUGGUGGUCUUCUUAGAUACCAUGGUCUCACACACAAUGAAGAAAUAACUAGGAUUUUCAAGAGAGAAUAA